CAACCGACUCGUACUGCGACCUAUGGAGUAAUUUUGCAGUACAGUGUUAAUACCUAAACACGUAAACUUGCAAUUGACAACAUAGAGAGACAAGCCCAUGACAAUCCCCUCUCAAGAUGCCGUAACCGACAACGCUCUUCGACGCCUUGGUUUUCUCUCGCUGUCGCAAAGUCAUGACUACUUCUGCACACUCUUCGGGGAGCGACCUUCCAGCAACUAUUCCCGACAUCCCGCGAGACGCGGAAACACUCUACAACUAUCACCGCUUACGUAUGCCGAUAGAAACGGGGGUCGAUGCCAUCUUCUGCCUGUGUAGUCUUGACACUCGCGUCGCCGAGCGCGCCGCCCAACUGCUCCUUGACGGUUACGGCGACUAUCUCAUAUUCUCCGGCGGCACCGGCAGGCUUACUCGCGGCCGGUUCGACAAGCCGGAGGCCCAAGUCUUUGCCGACAUAGCCGUCGGGAUGGGCGUUCCCGAGGAGAAACUCAUCGUCGAGCCCCUCUCGACAAAUACCGGCGAGAACGUCCGGUUCACAUAUGCGCUGCUGCAGGAGAGGGGGCUGCAUUUCCGUUCCCUGCUUCUCGUUCAGAAGCCGUACAUGGAGAGGCGCACGUAUGCCACCUUUAAGAAGCAGUGGCCGGAUUCCGACAUACAGUUCUCGGUUACGUCCCCGCAACUAGAGUGGCACGAGUACCCGAAUGACGACAAUCCCCGGGACUUGGUUAUCAAUAUCGCUGUUGGCGACUUGAUCCGCAUCCGAGAAUAUCCGCCGAAGGGUUUCCAGAUCCCCCAGGACAUCCCCGACGAGGUCUGGGAAGCUGCCCAACGGCUUAUCCGGGCCGGCUACAACAGCCAUCUCCCUUGAAUGGCGUGUGCAUCGAAACCCGGAAGAGGCUACAUAUGAUUUAUAGCGAACUGCUUUUCCCGGGCCCGUUCUUCCUAGACACAGCCCAUUCUGCCAUGUGUGUCCCCGUCUCGCUUUGCAGGUAGCGUCGCAUCGUGCUGGGCCU